CUUGAGAGUGAAGACUGCCAUGACUACCAUCUGAUGGCAAGAGAUAUAUCAAAGGAUGGCCUCAACAGCUUAUGCAGGUAUGCUCUCGCUGCCUAACAUCACCAUACCGUCAAUUACGAACACCAUACGAAGCAGCGUCGUCUGUUUCCGCGGCCUCCGGAGCGUGGUUAGACUUGUGGUUUCGAGAUGAAACCAGCCUUGGCUGGUGGACUGUUAAUGACAGCACCAGAAACUAUCAUUUCUGUCCAAUCCACCAUUCCUCAUCCAGAUAGCGUAUCAUUGAGACGAUAUUGCUACAAUCCGCUCAUACGCUUGAACGGUACAAGGUUCUUCGACAUUCCGAGAGUGAAAGCAUGCUGUAAAUUGUGGUCAAGAGAGACACCCUGGCUCAGCUGUGGUUGUGUAUUCCCUCGCCCAGAAGAGGUGAGUGGACACGGCAGUCUUGUAGUCUAAAAAAACUGGUAGAGCGUCGCUUCUUGGCACAGUCGCAUUGUAAACUCGGAACUGCGAUUCAUGAAAUAUGACGUGAUUAAUUGUCUGGUGAUUGAAGACUACCAAGUCAUAAGCUACGUAUGAGCCGGAUCGACAUCAAGCCAGCAAGCAGAAUCUGUCUCGAGCAAUGCAAAUCUGUCUCAAGCAACGCAAGCAAAUUUGUAUCGAUCAACGAGCUAAGAGGUCCA